AACUCACUAUCUCCGACACCAUGAGCUACUAUGGCGGCUACUAUGGAGGUCUGAGCUAUGGCUGUGGGGGUUUUGGUGGCAUGGGCUAUGGCUAUAGCUGUGGAUGUGGUAGCUUCCAGAGACUGGGCUGUGGCUAUGAAGACAGGAGAUAUGGCUGUGGCUACAGAGGCUAUGGAGAUGGCUGCUGCUGCCCGUCAUGCUACAGAGGAUAUAGAUUCACCGGCUUCUACUAAGCUGCUGCUCCAGUGAUGCAGCAUCUGUUACCUUGAGGGGAUUUCCAAACAAGUUACUUACUUCUAAGAUACAAUGGGGGUAAAGGUGUAAAUCUGUAAAUGCUCCCAUUCCAAAGGGAGAAACUGGCCAAAACAAAGG